AUGAAAUGUGUUGUUUCGAAUCCAGUAUCAGCGGCAUGUGAUCGCUGUGACAGGCGAGGUCAAUGGCGCAGAGAUAUAACAGGAAAAAGGGAAGAUCUCCAAAACGCAACAGACGUCAAUGUCCCAGAGCCUGAUUUACUUUCCAACACCCAAAGACUCGGCUUCGAGAAUCAAGGUUCUGGUUCAAAUUCAGCGCCUUCAGGAUCUGACCAGUCACCAUUUACGCCAGGCACCUUGCGUGCUGCUCUCGAUGCAGAAACAACAUUUGGAACGGAAUCCUCCAGCCAGUUCGAUCUGUUUAUGAGGACCUUUGACCAGAAAACAAACUUAACGAAAAACCAUGACCCUAUAGAGAUGGGGCUGAUUAGUAGGCCAUCUGCUCAAAUUCUCUUCGAGGGGAUAUUCCAGCCUCAGUCCCACAGGACAAUCAGAGACCACUCGGAAGCAUUACUGGGUAGAGCUCUUUUGCAAUGCGAUUCUGCAAUCGAGAACAUCUGGGCUAUCAUCUGCAUGUAUCACUGGAAAGAUAAAAAUGAUAAGAGAGGAGCCAUCUUGAUUGGUUUUGCCUCUCAGAUGGCCGCCUAUGCGGAAUGGAACGUGAUGCACCACGAUACGCCAGGCGGGGGACAGACUCUUGACUCUUCUGAGCUCCAGUCGCGACAGGAAAGAGACAGAAAGAGAGUUUUGGUUAUCCUUCAAAAUACAGAGAGGAUCUAUCGCUUAGGCGACUGCACAUCUAUCAAAAGCCACGAGAUGACCCACAUUGCUCGCGAUGUGUAUGAGAGCAUGAAGAAAUUCGGAGAACACCAUAACUCCUACCCAACAACCGUUGCCGACUUUGAGCGUUUUCAAAAUGUCAUGACAUCAUUCCACAGCCAGAUUAAUGAAUGGAGGGACCAAUGGUGUACCGUGUAUUCGAACUUUCCCUAUCUGGAGCCUCUGCAACGACCCAUCACCCUUCUUCACCGCGACUACAUGUGCCUCUAUUUUAACACCAUUCAUCUCCACAUGCUAUUGGAAUCAGACGAUAGGCCUUUACUUGGAGAUCAAAUAGCUCAGGCGGCCUGUAUUUGCUUCUCCAGCGCUUUCGGCAUAUUGCAACAUGCAGUUCAUUUCGGCGAGAUGAACGUUAUCUACUAUCUUUGGGAUAACGCGCAUAACAUGGUUGCAUAUGCGGCAAUGCUCAUACCUAAAUUGCUCGAACAAGGCAUCGAUGAACCUACCAUGUUGAAACAGCAAGCAGUCUCGGUACUUGAUCAGGCCAACACGACGUACCUCAUCGCAAGCAGAUCAAUGGUUAGUCAGGAGUCUCAUACGCCAGACUACCAAAGCGAAAAUGAAUGUCAUUUAUCCACCCAAGCACGACUACUAUCUACCAUCCUGGGAAUAAUCAAUAGUUCUACGCCAUUCGUCGACGAGAGUCCGGAAGCCAGAGGAUUAUCCAACAUAUCAUUCAACCCGGAUCUUCCAUGGCUCGAAGAAGACCAAACUUCAUUCAACUUCUUUUCAGAAGACAGGACGAAUCAUCUAGAGUCUCCAAACAUUAACAUUGGUAGCAACACAUUCGCUCCAUCGGACUAUUUCAACUCACGUGUGCCGCAGGAAUACGAAGAGCUAAGUUUGCUGGAGGACAAGGGUUUUCUCGAGUCAAUGUAUCUUAACGCCGGAUUACUGCCACUGCAAAAGUCGGGGAUUCUUUCGAGGGAUUUAUGA